AUGAACAGAUAUUUGGUCAAUGGAGUGGAUUUGACAGUGAAGCUGUACCGCUCCUCGCCCCAGUUCUGUUUGAUGAGUGGCAAAACAGGUCAAGAUUACAAGGUGGAAAUUCCGGAUACCUACCUGAAGGUGUGUAAACUGAAAGUCAAUCCAGCUCUUAUUUUGGCACACAACACCUUGUUUCAAGACAGCAAUGCUUUGUAUCCUUACACCAAAAGUGAGGUCACGGUGACAAGCAUCCCCACCACUCAACUGACACAUACCAUUGACAAUCUGUCGAAUCCUAUUGCUUAUCGUUACAUCGUAGGCUUUGUACUCAGCAACAGCUUGAAUGGAUCUUACACUGGUAACCCCUACAACUUCCAAUCUAGUAAGGUGAAAAACAUCAGCCUGUACAUCAAUGGUGCCAGUGUCCCCGGACGUCCCAUGCAGGCAGAUGACGUUGAGUCCUAUGUGCAGAUGUUCGAUGGGAUGUGUCUGUGGAAAGAAAAUACAGGAAACGGAAUCACUCGGAGUGACUUUUUGCUCAGGAGUGCCCUGUUCGUCUUCGACAUUGAUAAAGUAUGCAGUGAAUCCGACUAUCUGAAUCUGUUGAAAUCCGGUAGCACCCGACUAGAAAUCGAGUUCAAAUCCGCUCUCACCGAAACACUCAGUUGUGUUGUUCUGAGUGAAAGAAAUUCCCUCAUCGAAAUUGACAAGACCAGGCACGUGUUUGUGAAGUAA